CACACAGCUAUGCUAAUGUAGCUAGCUGAUACGGAAGCAUCACAGUGUACGCACAAGUUUUAUCUAAUCUAUUGAGAAAGGCGCCUUUUCUGGGCUAGAAAGUUUUCCCCCACUCUGUGUCAGCAGUGCCGCUCACUCAACCAACAUGUCAGACGGUCGGAUCUAUGUGGGGAAUCUUCCCAUGGAUGUCCAGGAGAGAGACAUUGAGGAUCUCUUCUACAAAUAUGGAAAAAUCCGUGACAUUGAAUUGAAGAACAAUAGAGGCACUAUCCCUUUUGCAUUUGUCCGGUUUGAAGACCCACGGGAUGCAGAUGACGCUGUCUAUGGAAGAAAUGGAUAUGGAUAUGGAGACUCCAAGCUGCGUGUAGAAUAUCCUCGUUCCUCUGGCGCUAAAUUUGGCGGUAUGGGAGGUGGUAGUGGUGGUGGUGGUGGUGGAGGAGGACCCAGGGGAAGAUUUGGACCCCCAACCCGGAGAUCUGAAUUUCGGGUCAUAGUGACUGGGUUACCACCGACUGGGAGCUGGCAGGAUCUGAAGGAUCAUAUGCGCGAGGCAGGGGAUGUUUGUUUUGCAGAUGUGCAGCGUGACGGAGAGGGAGUCGUAGAGUUUCUCCGUAGGGAGGACAUGGACUAUGCGUUACGCCGACUGGAUCGGACUGAGUUCCAUUCACAUCAGGGUGAGACGUCUUACAUCCGCGUCUUUGAGGAGAGGGGCAACGCCAACUGGGGCCGGUCGCGUUCCCGCUCCAGAUCAAGGGGUCGCUAUUCACCUCCGUACCACAACAGAGGGUCUCCUCCCCGCUACCAGUCACCCCCUCGCCAUGCAAUGUCACGCCAUAGCCCGCCGCCUCGAAGGCACCCUCCACAGCACAGCCCACCACCUCGUCACUACCGGUAGGGGGGCUUAUCAUUAAUCGAGGAAUUGAAGAGAAUUUUUUGUAAUUCAGCUUUUUAUUUGAUUUUUUAAACCCCAGGCCUCCUUCUUAGUGUACGUGAUUAUUUCUUGCUGCAUACAUUCCAUGGUCGGGAUCGCCUGAACACCCUCCUCCCCCACAGCCUUAAAGUUUUUUGUGUUCUUAAAACUCCCAUGUGUUUACUGAAAGUGUCAUUUGUUAUCUCCCUUAGCAGAGUAAAUGUGUUCUGUUGUCGUGUAACAUUUAAGGUUUCUUUUAUAAAGAAAUCCUGGGUUAUGUCAUCCCUUGUAAGGAACCAGUAAACGUGUUGAAGGAUACUAUUUGAAACAAAUGGCACCUCUCUGUGUAAUCAUGCUGAAGGUCCACUUCCUAAGUGUUUCUCUUUGUGCAUCACAUUUCUGUAGCUUAAAGUGUGAAGUUUUGCCAAUUGUAGAACCAGUGAAGCAUAUCAAUAUCCUCUGAUUCAAAAUGUGUAGAAGCCUUUUUAGAGUAGUGACACUUUACGACCGUGAGCCACACCUGCCAGAUGACUUUUUCAUUGUGUAAUGUUGAACAAGGUGGCCUGUCAGUGGAUUAUGAUUUGUAUGCAUCUGUAAUGUUUUUGUUGAUUCUUUACCAAUAAAAUGCAAAAUUUUA